CAUCAAUAUGAGUAACAUCAAUAUUGCUACAGGAAGCAUUGGCGUCAACAUCCCUGUGGAACACUUUAGACACGUUGUAGAUUCCAUGCCCCCCAACGACAUGAGGCUGUUCUGAGGGCAAAAGGGGGUGCAACUCAAUAUUGGUGUUCUUCAACUCAAUAUUAGGAUGGUGUUCUUAAUGUUUUGUACACUCAGUGUAUACAUACUGUCAUUGGUCUAUGCCCCAUUGUUUGUUUGUCAAUGUCAUGGCUGCAUACAUUAUUUACAAACUCACAUCUAAACCACCUAAAACGAACGAUACAAAUCUAUAAUGUUAAUGUAACUUAUCAGUAUUGUAACUAGCCAGCUAGCUACAUAUUUUGUCACUAGCUAUUUUGUUUCGUGUGUCGCGUGCUCACUGCUCAAGUAGCCAGCGUCGUCAACGGUUACAAUCGGUAAUUGACUGCAUAGAAAGCCAGCUAGCCAGUCAUAGGCAAAUGUGUUGCAUGUUGUUUACGCAAAUAUCAUCAGAUAGCCAAGUACAAACUACAAGGCUAGUAGAGGUUGUCAAAAAGGAAGCUUCAAGAUCCUGAUAACAAACAAUCACCACCAUGCGUCGCAGAAGAUCAGCUUGUAGUGUCAAUUCUGACAGCAGUGAGAUCGAUAUUGAUCUCUUAGCUGAGACAGAGUUGAGCAAACUCCAGAGACAGUUUCGCAUCAUGGAAGGAGACAGGCAGGCGUACAGCGUAGAAUCACAGGAUCUCAUUCGCAGACAGCUGAGGGAGAUCCAAAGGCUCCAUGGUGAACGCGAGGAACUUCUCCGUAGCCUGCGUGUCUCAGAGAGUCCAUUCCGACGCUGGGAUGACGCAGACGCCACGCAAAAUCUGAGCAGCAUGCUGGUGUACCGCGACAGGGUGGAGGAGCAACUCGACUCUGAACAAGGGAAAAUGACUUAUCUGAGACAGGAGAUUUUGACUUGGGAGAGUAAGCUGGCUGGCCAGAGGAGAGGAGGGAGCACCACAUGCCUCAGUCAGAAGUCGGAGGCCAACCAGACACAGAAGGACAGCCUCAUCCUGGAGAACAAACUGGACAGGGGUCGUGUUCGCUUCAACAAGCUGUUGGCCAAGAACGGGCAGCUGAGAGAGGAGCUGAAGAUCCUGCACGUGGAGAGGAAGCAGUUCCUCCCCCUCUACUGCAGGAUGGAGAGGGAGCUGCAGGAGAUUCGCAAGGACAUCCGAGACAUGAUGGCUCAGUCCACUGCUGCCUUUAAGGCCAGAGUGGAGGCUUGGUGCAAACGGAUGCUGCUGAAGGAGAAAAAGGUGAAGGACUUGACCCAGUAUGGCACGGAGGUGAGCGAGCUGCAGCGGGUCAUCUCCCACGACCACCGCCUCAAGAUCUUCAUGAGCAUCAAGGGCAAUGAGUGCAGCAGCCAGGAGGAGGGCCAGGACCUGAGCUGCAGACAGGUGGAGGAGAGGCAGCGCAGGAGACUGGGACUGUACACUCAGGGAGGGGCUUUUGGGACUCUCGAUUCCCUGCAGGAGACCUUCCACAAGAUCCACUGUGUCACAGGGGAGGAGGACCUGCACAAGCUAGUGGGGACCUUCAUUCAGAUUGAAGAACAGAACUUUGCUUUGCUAAACUUUGUUAACGAGCAGAACAACGAAGCCGAGACCUUGAAGGACGAAAUCAACCAGAUCCGCUGUGAGAUGGAGGUGUUCUCCAGAGAGGAGCGCAGGCAGCAUGAGGAGCACAGGGCCAUGCUGCAGGGGGUCAAUGUGCAGCAGCAGGCCACAGAGCAGCAGGUGGGGGCCUACCAGCAGCUCAUCACCUCAGUGGGGAAGAUCCUCAACCAGCUCAAGACAGGAAUAGACAGUGUGUGCCACAACAUAGACUGUGACCUGUCAGUGAUCGAGGACAAGUUAGGCUCCUCGACCGGGAUCCGGGACAUUACCAUCAUGACUUACCUGGGAUUGGUGGAGCGCAGGACCAAUGAGCUGCUGACUUUGCAGUCUUUCCUCAGCUCCAAGGACCUUGAUAAAGAUUACAAUCCUAGAAUGGUUGCCAGACACGUCCUCGGACAAAGUCCACCACUGGUUAGGCAAAACAAAAUGGUUGAGCCUCCCAUUUCUGGGGAUGCCAAUGACCCAGAGGAGUCCCUGCUAACAGACAAGGUGAAGCCCCUCUCCAAGGACGAGCUGCUCCCGCUGGUAAUGACGAGGAUGCAGAGGAAGGCGAAGAUCGUCCAACCAGAGGUCCGAAAAUCAGCCUCCAAACUCAGCGUUGUGGCCAGCAGAAUCCGCCGCGGCUCCCUGGGACUCUGAACUCAUCAUCCUUUUAUGAAUUUUGAUUGGGACACACAAACUGCAAUAGUUUAUUGACCUCAUCCCUGGUAGUGUGACUUUAUCCCUGGUAGUGUGACCUCAUCCCUGGUAGCUGCAGACUGGGGGACAGCAGGAGGCCCACUCCUGUGGAAAGCAGCAUCACAGCCCAGCUUUCAUCAGCCAUUCAUAAUCUCUUACUUUUAUUAAAUUUACAUUUUAGUCAUUUAGCAGAUGCUCUUAUCCAGAGCGACUUACAGUUAGUGAGUGCAUACAUUUUCA